AUGAUCAGUGAGAAAUUUCCAACGUCACGGACGGCAGAUCCCUACAAACAUAGCAACUCAUCAGUGACGGAAGUGGUCGGUAUCGUGCGUUGUAUUGGAGACAUCCACGAACAACUUAGCGAAACCAUAGUCGACUUUAACUACUGCUUUGCUCUACAAAUACUUUUGAUGAUGGCAUCUGCCUUUGGCUAUACGCUGUUUUCCAUUUUUGGCCUUAUUCACGCAUUCUCACAAGUAGAAGCAGAUGAAUCACAUCAAGUAUCGAUGAACAAUAUGGUGUACGGUUGUAUCUAUCUAUCCUUCAUUAUUCAGGUUGUUGUUGCGGGAAGUUUAGUGACAAAAGAGUGCAAAAGAACUGUAAUAUUUGUUCACAAAGCAGUAUGCUACGGUUACUACGAUAUGCCCAUACUUCUACAGAUUAAAUUCCUUUCCCAGCAGCUACGGAGCAUUGCGCCACGUGUUUCAUGCUUGUUGUUUGAUUUUGAGUGGCCAUUUCUAGUUUCGGUUGCUGCUACGCUUGUGAUGCAUGUCGUUAUUCUCGUUCAAUUUGAUCUGUCAAUUAUUGCCAAUAAAGUAUGAAACCACAGCACCGCUACGUCAUAGUCCAUUAGGGAUGUAACUAUGUGGGGCAAAUUGGGAAUGUGUUUCUACAAAAUUUCCUUCACAUGUUUCUUGGAUUAAAGCGUCUGCUUUCCCAUGUGCGGAGCUAUUAAUCAACGGUAACAAAAACGAUGGUGUAGAAUUUCUGAAGUUACACAAGAUUAAUGUUCGUAAGAGCCGAUGCAUCCAUCAUUUAGC